UCUUUGGCAUGCACACAGUGUUGUUUAGAUAGAGAGAGAGAGAGGGAGAGAUAUGCGUUCUUGCAGCAUCAGAGGUGUCAUUCGCCACCAUCUGGCGUGGCUGGUGCUAAUUUUGUGCUCAUGGCGGGUUGCAGCUGCUCAGGAUCAACAAGCACCAAAAACUGAUCCAGUCGAAGCGGCUGCUCUGAACACGAUACUAGGGAGAUGGGGCAAGAAGGCAUCACCGGAGUGGAACAUCAGCGGUGAGCUCUGCAGCGGUUUCGCAGCUGAUAAAACCGAUUGGGAUAACUACCGCGACAUCAACCCGUUCAUCAAGUGCGAUUGCACAUUCAACAACAACACCCUCUGCCACAUUACGAGACUGAGGGUAACUUAUUUGGAUGUAGUUGGUCAAAUACCUGCGGAGCUACAGAAUCUCACCCAUCUAGUGGACCUGAACUUAUUCCGUAAUUACUUGACUGGUCCCAUUCCGUCGUUCAUCGGAAAAUUUACUUCAAUGCAAUACUUGUCAUUAUCUUUCAAUCCACUAUCUGGACUACUUCCAAAGGAACUAGGAAACCUCACCAAUCUUCUUUCAUUGGGCAUUAGCUCAGACAAUUUUACAGGAAGUCUUCCAGAAGAACUGGGUAACUUGACCAAACUUCAGCAAUUGUACUUUGAUAGUUCUGGAUUCAGUGGAGUGCAUCAGAUAAUGUAUUCAAAGGGAAAAUACCUGCUUAUUUGGGCACAAUGA